AAAGAAAAAAAGGUUAAACUAAAUGGUAAUGACAAAGAGGCAGGGAGAGAGGGUGGAAAGAAGUGUAGGUUAAAGAAGAAACAGAGUGGGACCAGACCCGAAGAAUAUGGGCCCCACCGCCCCGCUUCUCUCUUUGAGUCUUCCCUCCUUCACCACCUGCUAUACUCACCCGUACACGCACAAAAAAAAAAAGGCAAAGUAAGGAGUAAUAAGAAAAAAAAAAAAAAGAAAAGAAAAGAAGAAAAGCUAGUACUGCUAAUAAGCUCUUUUAGUUGCAGAGCCACCCUAUACGCACAUGACACAGCCAAACUAAGAAAAAGAGAUAUUAGAGAGAGAAAUUGCUGUCUUAGAGAGAGAAUGAAGAAAGAGCUCGAGCUCUGAUCGUUCGCUCGAGCUCUACUGAAAUUUCUAAUUCUGAUUUCUUAUAUAUAAACAUAUUAUUUAUUUUAAAGCUUCUAGAGCGAGAAAGAAACAAACUCAAAAUCCUUCCUAAACAGAGACACAAGAAGAAGCAUGCCUUCAGCUUUCAAUCCAAACCCUAAGAAUUCUUGUACAGAAUACACCGUACGGAAUUUUAUUGGUCACUCAUUGAAACGUAAUUACAUGUAAUGUUAAGCGGUUGCUGGAGAUGGAGAGAGUUACAGAAUCAAAAACUCUUCCUGGGAAAUUGCCUGUUGCAAGUCAGUUAUCAAAUGCAUACGUGACCUUGGGAAGAGAAGGGGGUCAGAUGCAAAGGCUGCAGACAGGAUUGGUAAGAGAAGUAGUGGGAAGAUUUCAUGCACAAGGCUCCCAAGUUAUAGACUUACCUGUGCCUGUAAGACCCUGGAAGGGAAAAGACUCUCUGGCUGUACAAGAAGAGAUAAUGCUUGAUGUUGUUCCUUCUAAGGGAAGCGGCGAUUCCUUUGAUGAAGGUGGUUCUAGCUCUUUCUCUGGUGCUAGCCAUCCACCAGAACCUAUUGAUAUGGAUCUAAUGAAAACAGUAUUUGUACCGAUUGGACAAAAGAAAUCUGAGGCUGGAUGCCUCAUGAAGAGUGUGUCUGUAAAGGGGCCUUUCCUCGAAGACCUUUCAAUCAGGGUUCCACCUAAGAAACCAAGCCCUGCUAUUCUUUCACCGGCAGAAAGUUUAGUUGAAGAACCUAAUGAGUUAGUUGCUCUGUCUUCUCCAUUUUCUAUUGCUCGUGCUUCACAAAAUACAGAAGGCUCUCUCCUUCCGGCAGAUUCGGAAGAGAAGGAAUGUGUAUGGGAUGCUUCAUUGCCUCCAAGUGGUAAUGUAAGUCCACAUAGUAGCAUUGACAGUACAGGUGUUGUCACAGCUAUGAGCAUUGUCAAUAGCUGUGCCAGCACAUACAGAAGUGAUGCUAUCACGAGUGAUGGCAUGCUAAGUAUGGAGAGAAACUGUGAGAGUACAAAAGGUAGUGUUAGUGUUAGGGGGGAUUCACUUGAGAGUGCAAAGACUAGUGUUAGCCGUGCAAGUGAUAGCAGUGGCCUUAGUGAUGACAGCAACUGGAGCAACGUUACAGGGAGUGCAAAUAAGCCCCACAAAGGAAAUGAUCCUAGGUGGAAGGCUAUUCUUGCCAUCCGAGCACGAGAUGGGAUUUUAGGCAUGAGUCACUUCAGACUACUAAAACGACUUGGUUGCGGUGACAUUGGUAGUGUGUAUCUUUCAGAACUUAGCGGGACUCGUUGUUAUUUUGCAAUGAAAGUAAUGGACAAGGCAUCUCUUGCAAGCAGGAAGAAGUUGACUAGGGCUCAGACAGAAAGGGAGAUUUUGCAGCUCUUGGAUCAUCCAUUUCUGCCAACUUUGUACACACAUUUUGAAACUGAUAGAUUCUCUUGUUUAGUUAUGGAAUACUGUCCGGGGGGCGAUCUGCAUACUCUGAGGCAACGACAACCUGGGAAACAUUUUUCUGAGUAUGCUGCAAGAUUUUAUGCUGCUGAGGUUUUGUUGGCCCUUGAAUAUCUGCACAUGCUUGGAGUUGUCUACAGGGACUUGAAACCUGAAAAUGUUCUUGUCCGUGAUGAUGGCCACAUAAUGCUCUCAGACUUUGACCUGUCUCUUAGAUGUGCAGUCUCACCCACCCUGAUAAAAACCUCAUUUGAUUCUGAUCCUUCAAAACGAGCUGCGGGUGGAGCAUUUUGCGUUCAGCCUGCUUGUAUUGAGCCCUCAUCUGUAUGUAUCCAGCCUGCAUGUUUUAUUCCUCGAAUCUUCCCUCAAAAAAGUAAGAAGAAAAACCGAAAACCUCGAGCAGAGUUUGGUGUGCCUUCUAGUGCACUUCCAGAGCUUGUAGCAGAACCCACUGCAGCCCGGUCCAUGUCCUUUGUUGGAACCCAUGAAUACCUAGCCCCUGAAAUUAUCAAGGGGGAAGGCCAUGGCAGUGCAGUUGAUUGGUGGACAUUUGGUAUUUUCUUGCAUGAACUACUAUAUGGUAAAACUCCAUUCAAAGGCUCGGGGAAUCGUGCUACACUGUUCAAUGUGGUGGGGCAGCAGCUUAGGUUCCCAGAGUCGCCAUCAACCAGCUAUGCUAGCCGGGAUUUGAUUCGAGGCUUGCUGGUGAAGGAGCCACAGCACAGGCUGGGAGUGAAGAGGGGUGCAACUGAGAUCAAGCAGCAUCCUUUCUUUGAAGGAGUGAAUUGGGCUCUGAUAAGGUGCAGCACACCACCAGAAGUGCCAAGGCCGGUGGAGACUGAGCUGCCUGGGAAAUUUGGGGCAGUUGACCCAAUUGGAGUGGGCAGCAGUAGUAAGAGGAUAGUGGGGACAGAUAUGAAGUCUGGAGGUAAAUAUCUGGACUUCGAGUUCUUUUAAUACAGGCUGCUCGUGCUGUGUUGUUAGAGUAUUAGUUGAUCUUUCAAUAGUACGCCUGUAUUACUUUAUCCUGGUAAUGAGCUUCAGUUCAUCUGCCUCGUACAAGAGGAAAAGGUAUCAAUUGAAAAAUGAGUAGAUUUAAUUUACAGGAGGUUUUUUCUUUUCUUUUUUUGGCUGCACUUUGUUGUUUAAUCCUACAUAAUAUCUUUCAUCCAA